GCCCGCGCGUAGAAAACGCCCCGGCCGCCGCCAGUGGUGGGAGGCGGCGAUGCGCACGGCCGGAGAGACGCGGAGGAGGAGACAUGAGCCGGCGGGCGCCCAGACGGAGCGGCCGUGACGCGUUCGUGCUGCAGCCGCGCUCCCCGGCUCCGGAGCGCUGACCGCUGGCCCGACCCAGCCCCGCGCCCCGGUCGGAGACCGCGCUCCAGCUUCCAGCCCCGCCGCGCAUGUUGCCCCCGGAGUGAUCUGGGCAGCCAGCCUCCCGCGGCCGCCCGGACGGACGGCCUGCCAGCAGUGAGCAAGCUUCCCCGCACGGGCCGGGUGCUUCCUGCACAGCGGCGGCCGCCCCGCAGCCCCCGCGCCAGCCCGGAGGGCGCAGCGCUCGGGAGGAGCCGCGCGGGGCGCUGAUGCCGCAGGGCGCGCCGCGGAGCGCCCCGGAGCAGCAGAGUCUGCAGCAGCAGCAGCAGCCGGCGAGGAGGGAGCAGCAGCAGCAGCGGCGGCGGCGGCGGCGGCGGCGGCGGAGGCGCCCGGUCCCGGCCGCGCGAAGCGGACAUGUGCAGGCUGGGCUAGGAGCCGCCGCCUCCCCCCCGCCCAGCGAUGUAUUCAGCGCCCUCCGCCUGCACUUGCCUGUGUUUACACUUCCUGCUGCUGUGCUUCCAGGUACAGGUGCUGGCGGCCGAGGAGAACGUGGACUUCCGCAUCCAUGUGGAGAACCAGACGCGGGCUCGGGACGAUGUGAGCCGUAAGCAGCUGCGGCUGUACCAGCUCUACAGCCGGACCAGCGGGAAACACAUCCAGGUCUUGGGCCGCAGGAUCAGUGCCCGAGGCGAGGACGGGGACAAGUAUGCCCAGCUCCUAGUGGAGACAGACACCUUUGGUAGUCAAGUCCGGAUCAAGGGCAAGGAGACGGAAUUCUACCUGUGUAUGAACCGGAAAGGCAAGCUCGUGGGGAAGCCUGAUGGCACCAGCAAGGAGUGUGUGUUCAUCGAGAAGGUCCUGGAGAACAACUACACAGCCCUGAUGUCAGCCAAGUACUCGGGCUGGUACGUGGGCUUCACCAAGAAGGGGCGGCCUCGGAAGGGCCCCAAGACCCGGGAGAACCAGCAGGACGUGCACUUCAUGAAGCGCUACCCCAAGGGGCAGGCGGAGCUACAGAAGCCCUUCAAGUACACCACAGUGACCAAGAGGUCCCGGCGGAUCCGCCCCACGCACCCCGGCUAGGCCGCCGGCCGCCCCCACACUCACAGAGAACUGCAUCAGAGGAAUAUUUUUACAUGAAAAAUAAGGAAGAAGCUCUAUUUUUGUACAUUGUGUUUAAAAGAAGACAAAAACUGAACCAAAACUCUUGGGGGAGGGGGAGCGAUCAGGAUUUUAUUGUUGACUUGAAAACCCCUAUGACAAAAGACUCACGCAAAGGGACUGUUGUCAACGCACAGGUGCUUGUCU